AAUAAGGCCUAGCUCGUGUGUGUACAUCCAUGAUUUUAUUGAUAUGAAGUGUUGCCUGAUUCGCAAAUUGCAAUAGCCAGAUCAGCUGCCGACUGAGUUGCUUGCUUCGAAGUGAUUUUUAGACUCCAAAUUUUGGGUGACUUGAUGAUUGAUCUCUAGUCAAGUUUCAGGCAGAGCUAGAAAAUCGGCUGUGAUUGCUUUCGCUGGCUUGGAAUGGUUUUAUGUGUGUGAGUUUGGCGUGGAAAUCUGGUCAAAUUAUCAGGUGGAUUUUCUCACACACCAACGAACAAGUCGACAACUAACCACCAACGGGUGUACAUUCAUUCUAAUAUUGCGUACAACAAAGGGAAUCGUCGUCAUUGCCUGUGAAUCAAGAAGCCUCACCAUCCACCACACGUCCAUACAGGAAGAAAGCUGUUGGAUGUUCUCUCAGUUGUGACCAGAAUAUACCACCACCGACCAAUCAUCUUUCCCUUACGAUCUCACAUUUGUCCCACUCACUGCAAGUUAUUACCCUCCCGUUUUGUUCAAGAGCACUGGCAAUCAUUCCAAUUUGAACUGAACACGCCGCGAAAAUGCAUUUUCUAGUGAAAGAGUUCAUCCUUCUCGUUGGCUUCUUGUCUUGUUUGUCCACAUUCGCCCUUGUCUCAGCCGUGCCCUACGGGGAUACGAACAACGACAUUUACUCCAAUGAUGACUACGAAGACGAUUCAGCCAUGAGCAAAGAGGAAAACCAAAUCUAUGCCGUUCCAAAGUUUGAGUCCACGUCAAUCAACGAACUUGUGAAUGAGGGUGGAACUAUUCGACUUCCGUGCAUCGUGGAUCGCUUAGAGGGUUUCGUUUUGCUGUGGAAGAAAGGUGAUUCCAUCUUGGCGGUGGGCAAGCAAAUGGUGGAGAAGGACAAUCGUUAUCAAUUGGAAUCUGAGGAGAAUGGCAACACUCUGGUCAUCAGUUUGGCCGAUCAAAGCGAUGCCGGCAACUACACGUGUCAAAUCUCCACUUUUCAGCCUUCAGAGAUUCACCACACGAUCAAGAUUAGAGUUCGACCCGAGGUAGUGUCCAUCCCAGAGAGCGGCCUGAUCGUGGCUCAAACGGGCGAAUCCGUCACAUUGGCUUGUCAAGUGACCAAAGGGAAUCCUCAACCCGAGGUGAAGUGGCAUCGUCGAGAGCGGAAGAUGCCAAGUGGUGAGGAGUUCAUCCGAGGACUCUCCUUCACCUACACCAGUGUGUCCAGACACCAUUCCGGCAACUACAUCUGCUCAGCCGACAACGGUUUUGGCGAGCCCUCAGAGACAACGCUUAAAUUGGAUGUGCAACACGCUCCCGAAAUCGAUCAGGAUGAGACUUUCAUCCACACGGGCGAGGGAUAUGAGACCGAAAUCGUGUGUGUGAUCCAUUCCUCACCCAGGGCCGAGGUCUCAUGGCUCAAGGAUGGUUUCCCCAUUGACUCAUCGGCCACCAAUGAGAUCACCCACCGAGGCAACCGUCACACCCUCCUCCUCCGAGAUGUCAAAGAGGAAUCCUUUGGGGACUAUACUUGCCAAGCCAAGAAUUUGCAUGGAGAGGCCGAAAAAACCACCCGGGUCUCCGGCAAAGCCAAUGAUGUUAACUUCAAGUCCGAUCCGAAGGGGCCCAACUACGACCAGUACGCCUUGGAAUGGACGGCCCAGAGCUCCACGCCCAUCACUCACUUCAAAGUGCAAUAUAAAGCUGAAACGGAUGUUCAGUGGACUGAGGCCGAAAUCGAGGCCGUGAACGUGGACCGCGAGUUUUAUGCCGGUGGCUAUACACUACCUCAGUUGAGGCCGGCCACGGUUUACAUGACCCGAGUGGCCAGCCAGAACUCCUAUGGCUACAAUGACUAUGGAGAAAUCUUCAAAUUCGCCACAAAAGGUGCAGAUCCCGUUCAAAAACCAAUGACCGCGGGUGCUUUGUCGUUGGUGGACAGACAGCCGUUCCGUGUUGUUCUUAUAACCCUUGUCAGCGUUAUCUUUGCCCAUCUCAGCUCGCGAUAGGUCGUAGAAUGAGCCCUUGAAGAGCCACCCCAACAGACAGACUGACAGACAGACAGACAGGCAGACAGGCAGGCAGGCACUAUGAACUAAAAAUACCAUCUUGGCAAGUGAUUGAAUGGGGCUGAGGAUGGCCAUCCUACUAGUGUCAGUGUAUGUGAGUGUGUGUGUGUGUGUGUAUGUUAGUGUGUAUCAUCCUCGUGCAUUCUUUUUCGUACAUUGCUCCUCCAAAAUCUCCCAAGAUAUGGCCCGACCGUCAUUCAGUCUUCGAAAUCCACAUUCCAAGACUUCAAACGGCUACCACUACCAUGUCGAAGAUCCCAGUGAUGGAAACCACCCUCGAAUUUCUCCCCCUCCUCGACUGGCCACACCCAGAAGCCUACACGGAGUGAGAACAAUAGUGAUUCCUUUUCCCAUGUUUUUCUUAUCCAUACAUAUAUAUUUCUUCAUCUGUGAAGUACCUUGUGAAGCUCCCUCUCCUUUCCACGAAACAAGGAACAAGGAACGAUAAUAGCGUUCGUGUUAUUGCCCUACGGAUCCUUGUGCCCGUAAUGCCCUUAUCAAAAGACGAGAAGGAGGAGGAGAAGGAUAGUUCCCUCCACCCUCGCUCUGCUUUUGGAUCCUCCGAGGCUUUUUCUCUCCCACUCGCUCUCUCUCUCUCUUUACCCUCCCUCUCACAUUUUUUGGAAAUGAGGCUUAUUUUGAAACACGGCUUGAAUACCAACCGGUAGAAAAGAAAAGGAGCGAAAAAAAAAGAAUGAACUCUUCCCCAUCGGGUUGAUGUACAACUCGCCUCAGCUUGUGUCGUGUGAGUUAUUCCACCAUGCAAUUUUGAUGAGAUGAUAUUCGCUCCUGUACCAAACGGAACCCACGACAUCAACCCUCAAGCCUUCCUACUCAUGCCCCCCCCCUGGCCUUAAUGUGAGAGAUGCGGUUACGUUUAUUCGAUAAAAUGGUAACUUCUCCCCUUCAACUACACCAUGUUUAAUGGUGGAAUGGCAAAAAAAACUCUCUUCGGGUUUCUUCAAUCAUCGGCAACAAAAUUGACUUCUAUAUUGUUUUUCAGCCCUAAGAAGUAUGAAUGAUUAGACCGUUUUUACUCUCCAGACUAAUUGAUGGCCGAGGUUGCCUUGCUUUAUAAGCAGUAUUUCAACACACUCAUCCACCUUGACUGGUCUUGCGAAUGGACCAGACAGUCUCCUGACUUUAAUUAUCAUCAUUAUUAUCAUCAUCGUCCUAACCAUCAUUAUCGCUAUGUAUCAAACGUAAACCAAAAAUGCAACUUUUUGUUUUUAAAUCCAACCUGUCAAAACCUGAUAAUAAAAGUUAGAAUUGUGA